GGAAUCUGGUAAAAAAAUGAUAGAAAUAUUGACAGGCAAAACCGCUCCUUCCAAGCUCGUAUCCUUCCAAGCUCGUAUGUCCCCUGGCGAUAGCCAUUUCCCCAUUAUCCUCGGAGAACUGCCCAAUCUCUCUUCUCCAUGCAACUGACGAGCAAACCAACAAAACCACACUGACCAAAUCCACCGUUUUCUCUUUUCGAAAUCUCUUUCAGAGGAAAAAAAAGAAAUCUCUUUCUUUCUCCUCUAAAACCUCACCUGCAAUGGCUUCCUUCUCAUUUGGGCUAUACCAUCUCCAACCAACCAACCAAUUAAAGAAACAAUCCGUCCACUUUCCUUCUCCCCUUAAUCUGUCUUCACUUCAUUCUCAGUUUUGUUUGGCUUCAUCUCCACUUAGAUUAGGUUCAAGAUUGCUUGGCAGUGGUCUUCUUGCAAGAGCUGAAGAUAAGGCUAGAGGGUAUUCUUCUUCUUCAACUCAGGGACAAGCUCAACAGCCCAGUAGUGCAAAACAGCUUCAGGAGCUGACAACAGAAGCUGGGUCAUGUGAUCCUUUAUGUUCACUUGACGAAACAAGUUCACAAGAUUUUGCAGCCACGUACCAGCCAAAGACUGAUUUGCUAAAAGCUCUUGCAGUAUUCGCAGCAGCUGCAACUGGGGCUGCAGCGAUUAACCAUUCUUGGGUUGCAGCCAAUCAGGAUCUUGCUAUGGCAUUACUCUUUGGAAUUGGAUAUGCUGGCAUCAUUUUUGAAGAGUCUCUAGCUUUCAAUAAAAGUGGAGUAGGAUUAUUGAUGGCUGUGAGCUUAUGGACAGUUCGAAGCAUUGGGGCACCUUCGACUGAUAUAGCUGUUUCGGAGUUGACACAUGCUUCUGCAGAAGUAAGUGAGAUCGUGUUUUUCCUCCUUGGUGCCAUGACCAUCGUGGAGAUUGUUGAUUCUCAUCAAGGAUUUAAGCUGGUCACUGACAAUAUAACCACUCGAAAGCCCAAGACUCUGCUUUGGGUGGUUGGGUUUGUAACUUUUUUCCUAAGUUCAAUACUUGACAACUUGACAUCUACCAUUGUCAUGGUUUCUUUGUUGAGGAAACUAGUACCUCCAUCAGAAUAUCGCAAACUUCUAGGAGCUGUUGUCGUGAUUGCAGCAAAUGCCGGUGGCGCAUGGACUCCUAUAGGUGAUGUCACAACUACUAUGCUAUGGAUACAUGGUCAAAUAUCCACAUUGCCAACAAUGAAGGGUUUGUUUGUACCUUCAGCUGUUUCUCUAGCCAUUCCACUGGCUCUCAUGUCCCUCACUAGUCAUAGGAGUCUUCUCCCAUGCAGUGAAGUUAAUGGAAAGGAACAGGAAACCCCUAAUGUAUUGGCUUCUGAACGCAUGGCUCCUAGAGGACAGCUUGUUUUUUCUGUUGGUAUUGGUGCAUUGAUUUUUGUGCCAGUGUUCAAGGCUCUAACUGGAUUGCCUCCGUAUAUGGGCAUGCUUCUUGGGCUUGGAGUACUUUGGAUUGUUACAGAUGCUAUUCAUUAUGGUGAAUCAGAAGGGCAACGGUUAAAAGUACCACAAGCUUUAUCUCGGAUUGAUACUCAAGGAGCCCUUUUUUUCCUUGGAAUCCUUUUGUCAGUCAGCAGCCUGGAGGCAGCAGGGAUUCUUCGUGAAUUAGCGAAUUACCUUGAUGCUCAUAUUCCAAACGUUGAACUCGUUGCAACUGCAAUAGGAGCGGUAUCAGCAAUUAUAGACAAUGUUCCACUGGUUGCAGCGACAAUGGGAAUGUAUGAUCUCACCUCUUUUCCCCAGGAUUCUGAGUUUUGGCAGUUAGUUGCAUACUGUGCUGGUACCGGCGGUUCCAUGCUAAUUAUUGGCUCUGCUGCUGGAGUUGCAUAUAUGGGAAUGGAAAAGGUGGACUUCUUCUGGUACUUCCGAAAGGUGAGUGGUUUUGCAUUUGCUGGUUAUGCUGCUGGAAUUGCUGCAUACUUGGCAGUUCAUAAACUUAACAUCUCCCUACCUACAACACUAGCGGAGGUUCCGUUCCUUUCAGGUUCAUAAAUUACAGCGCCAAAGGAUUCAGUGUUUCACUGAUUCUCCACACAAGGAUGCAGCCACUCAUGGAAAGACUAAUCUAGCAAGAAUUGUUGAGUGGUAAAGUUGCUGGGUAAAUAUUGCUGAGAAAUAUAGAAACUUGAAUUGGAUAUUGAUUAGAUAUAAUGAAUGAAGGUUGGUUUAAUAAUAAGCUCCCAAACAAUAACAUUUUUGUCAGACUUUGUUGAGUGUAUAAGUUCAGAAACAUGACUUGUUUCGUCUCUAGAACAAUGUGAGCUGAUGUGUUGGCUCUGCUUAGUCGAAUAGAGACUAGUGAAUCACUUGCAUUGGCAUAGUGAGGAGUUGGGAGGAAGCAAGCAAUGGCUUAUCCUUGUGCUUUUGUGUGUAAAGCAAAAGCAAAGUUUUCAAAUUUGACUUCAUCAUAUUAAAUCUAUUAGCGUAUGAUUUAAGGUUAA